ACAGUAUAACGUUAACGUUCAGUGUUUGCAGACAGACUGACUCAUUUCUUGAAUUCUGUGUCGAAGUACGUUGAUCUUCAAUACUGCAAUAAUCUCCAGGAUUGAAGGAGGCAGUGAUUGCAGCUAUAAAAGCUAGCCUAACGAGUAUAACGUAGUCGUAGAACUUAAAAGAAGACUUCAGAAGAAGAGAUCAGAAAGACAGAAGUUUCAGACUCAGUCUUACUCUUACUUAGUGACUCUUACUGAUCAGUGCAGUGGCAGUGGUUUAGUGUUUGUAGUUUGUACAUUUAUUGGAGACUGCAUGUGCCUUGUGAGGUUGGGUUAAUGAAGUAGUACUGAGCUGCAUUCAGAGGUGAUAGACAAAUAUUUCAACAUGCUGUUGACGAUGUCAGCUCGACAUUGCAGAGUCACGAUGACUCUGUGUGCCAUUGUUCUCCAUGUUUGCUGUAUAAUGAAUGGGCCUCUGUUAGUGGAAGGUGAACUCGCUUGCUAUGCGGGAAGCUUAGAUAUAGUGAAUGGAGAACUGAGCGUGGCCAGUACCAACUAUGUGACGUUACAACAGUGUUCAUCUCCGACAACUCGACCACCACCUAAAACAAAUAGCACAGUAACACCUCCUUCAACUAUGAAGCAAGUAACAUCGCCACAACCGAACACAACUACCAAUGGUAAUGCUCCCUCCGUGCCUGGUGGCCAAACAACUUCUUCUGGUAAACAAACAUCCAUCAACAUGACCACAACUUCACCACCUAAAGGAUCAAGCUCAACAAGUUCUGUUACACCAUCAUUAACUGAGCCAAGUCCUACUCAACCAGUAACAAGCGCCUCUCCAGGCUCAGUGACACCGAAUCCAUCAACAGCGUCGGCAACUCCUGGAGGAAGUCCUGUUGCAACAGAUGGGGUGACAAACGGAACAACAACCGCGCAUCCAGCAGCAACAUCUACCCUUCCAGUUACCACAGGAGAUGGCAGCCUAAUGGGCUGUGUUGUUGUAACAAAGACCAAUGGUUCCAUAGAAACUGCUUCCUUCUCGUGCCCCACCCCUGAUUCAGCUUGUAAAGAUAUUGGUUUCAAUGGCAGUGCUGGAUCAGACAAUCAGACACACUGCUUUGUGGGUUCUUCUUCCAACACAAUAGAUGCAUUUAUCAACAGAGAGAGUGUGGGUUACUCGACAGUGGACAGCUGUUUUGUUGGCACUACAGAUGCAGUUAAUGAGACACAGUGUGGAGAAUCAUCCAACGUGUGUUUGACCAUUAAGGAUACCCUACAAGGUGAUAAUGCCACAGCGUACUACUGUGGCAAUGAGACCCUUCAGAAAUACUGUGAAAAGGAUGGUGCAUUGCGAGAGGGUUCUUUCCUGCAAAAGGAUACAAACAUCACUGUGCUAUGCUGUGCUUCCACGAACUGCAACACUCCGACCCCAUCGACCACAACGUUGGUUCCUUCGACACCCACUCCAAAUUCCUCCCAAGUUUAUACCAGUUCAUCCACAGCUGCUCCGACAUCUACAACCUCGAAUGCAUCUGCGGCUACCGGUUCAUCUUCGUCUGCAGCAACCAGUCCAGACACGGCUUCAUCAACACCGACUCCGAGUAUCCCAGCAUCCUCUUCUGGAAUGUCGGGAAGUACCGGUGCCCCUUCUUCCACUGGUGCUUUAAGAACUACUGGUGACACCUCCCAACUAGCCAAACAUAGUAACAAGAUACUCAUCAUAGGCAUUGUAUCAGCCUUCGUAGUCGGUCUCAUCGGGGGUAUUAUCGUCACGGUCAUCGUUUGCAGACGAAGAAAUGGUGCCGCAGCCCGACCAGGAGAGCUUCUGGCCUUCGACAGCUUCCAUUACAAGCGCAUGGGAGCUGACGAGGUCAGUAACGAAGAAGUGUUCAUGACAUAGGACAGGACUCGACCAGUUACAUGGCAUUUGUGCAAAUAACUUGUGGGAGGUAGGGGAAUGAUAACUGUAGAAUUCCGUGCUGCGGGGGGGGGGGGGGGGUACAGUAGUUAUCCAUAGCUUCAUAUUUCCUCUGUUCAGGAAAUUCCAGAAACAAGGUUUCUUUUGUUUCAUCACUAGGAGGUGACUGAAAUCUGAAAUUGAUAUUUCAAUUUGAAAGCUUUUAGACCAAUCAGAUCAUGUAUAAUUGGUUUCAUCUCACCUAAAUUCAUUUGUUGCUGGUAACGAUCAUCCCUAGUGAAAAAGUCCCUAAAGCCCAGCACUAAGCGAUUCAAAAUCGAUAACGGUAUAAGAUGUGUAUACACAUUUUCCAUCUUUUUGAGUUAAAAAACGGUUAAUAGGGAUCUGUUUUCAUGGUAACAAACCCAACAACAUUCAGAAAAGCUGUGCUGCCAGUCAUUUAUCUAACUGCAUCCUCGUGUUCAAUCCUGAAGUAUAGAAGGGACCCAAAAAAUGCAGGAAGGUGUUAAGAAACUAAGAGCACUUUAGAAAUGUAAAUUUUUCCUGUAGACAACAGGAAGAUUUUCUCAGAAAUUAAGACUUUUGACCAUGAAACAUGAUUAAAAAAUAUCAGGAUAUACCCUAGAGUUAUGUCAGGCCUUAUGAACCAUUAAUCAUGUAUUGUAUAAGUAGUUCAUUGUGCGCCUUGAGUGUCAUCGACAGAUAUGUGCGCUAUACAAAUCUUUACUUAUUAUUAUUAUUAUGUUGGCCUGCCUAAAUGAAGAGAAAUCUUUUAUUUUUGUAACAAAUGAAAAAGACAAUCAUUUUUAUGUUUUUCCUUUUUUGGUAAUGUAAAUUUUACAUUAAUUCUUUAUCAUUCCUUUAUAUAAAUGAGAUUCACUUAUAUUUCUAUGUAAGGAGGAUGCCAAUAUAUUUCUGUGUGCUGUCUUCAAAGGCUGGAUGUAUUGGCUACACUGUAAAACAUACUAAUGUGCUUCAUUUUAAAUGCAAGUUUAACUUGCAUUUUUUUUUGUUAAAUGUAUUUUAAGUGGCCAUAGGUGUAGUGUGGGAUAUCCACUUUCUCAAUCCCACUAAGUAGAGUGAAUUAUUUAUAGCCUUAUUUCAUCAGCUUUUUUUUUUCUAUGAAUUGGUAAAUAUUUAUAUUUUUAUCUUAGAUUUGAUGUAUUGGAAAUAUAUUUUGAAUGAUUGAUGCCUCAUGCUUCAGUCACUCUAAUGAAACUGGAUCCAAACUGACAAGAUGGUCCGUCAUUGGUAAUAACAAUAGCUUUUGUCAGUUUGUAGUAUUUUUCGCCAGUGUGCCUGUUCCAUUGACAAGUUAAAGCUUGUGAAUUGGUAUGUGAAAAACACACUUCUGAGGUGACAAUCGCAUUGCCAAUUUGAGGAAACUGACCAAUGAUACAGACUUCAAACCAACAGCUGGUCCGUCAUUGGUAAUAACAGUAGGACUAGCUUUUGUCAGUUUGUAGUAGUUUUCGCCAGUUGGUGUGUAUAAUUGACAAGUUAAAGCUUGUGAAUUCUGAGGUGUCAAUCAUGUUGCCAAUUUGAGGAAAUUAGUCCAUUUUCAUUCAUUUAUUUCAUUUAUUUUAACUAUUAAAUGAAUGAUGCAAUACAAUGUAUAAAAAAAUGGGCUGAAUAUUUUUUUGUUUCUGCUGAUGAAUUUUGGAUGACUUUGAGGGUUCCAUUUGAAAAGUUAUUUUGCAAAAAUAAAAAAAUAAUCUGCUCAAUUGUAUUGUUAAGCUAUUGACCAUUGCAGUAAAGAUAAUGAUGAUUUGAGAAGCUGUAUUUAGGUUGUUUGUAAAUUCAUGUGUGAUUUGCUACAAAAUAGCUUUAUGAAAUACCCUCUGAUAUUGGUCACAUGUUCAGAAAGCAGAAAUGAAGAAUGCAAGAAAGAUUGCAUUAUUAGCAGAGGAGUAUGUCAUAUUUGAAAAGGCCCUUAAAUGUGGGGUUUGCUUCAUUUUGUUCCUUUCUAGUUUUGGAGAUGAAAUGCCUAAUAUUAGGGGCUUUCCAAUAAAUUUCUUGAAGUGUGAGUUAUAAAUGGUAGUGCCAUUUUCUAGUGCAAAUAAUCAAUGAAAGAUCUGUGUAACAGUAAUGUAUGGCCUUUGAAACUAGUCACUAACUGUGCUUUAAUGUUUUUUGAUAAACAACCAAUAAUCAGUAGUCUAAAACUAUUCACAACAUAUAGUCUUUCACUUUUGUAGUAUAACAUGCAGUACUAUUUUUUAGAUAUGUCUUGUUUUCACAUAAUGCUAAUAAUUAUACACCUUUUUUCUGUACUUGCAAAGUAUGGAAUAUUAGUGUCUUUCAUUUAUUAUUUACUGGGAACAGUUUUCUAUUGUGGAAAUGGUUACAAAUUCAUGUAUAUUUUCAGAGUUUUGAAUCACUGAUCACUUGUUGCAUUUUGUUUUACUUUUCACUAUAUUCAAUGUUUAUUUUGUUUUAGAUAUACUGAUGCAAUAUUUAUGUAGAUUUUCUUCUUACAAAAACUUUUUAUAAAAGCAAGAUUUAAUCUUUAUCAAUCCUUUCUGUGCCAUAUUGUGCCAUAUUAAUAAGUGUGUCAAAUUGUUUUCUUCUUGUUCCUUUUAUUAUAUGAUGUGUUUUGACAAUGCAUUAACAAAUAUAUAUUUCUAACUGGCACAGUUAUUCAAAGAAGAGAGUGUCAGUAAACCAGAUCAAGGGAUAUUUCUCACUCUCUCUCAUUGGAGAGUGUUUGUUAGUGAAGACAUUUGGAGAUACUUCUAGUUUUCCGUUGACGGCUGGCAUCAUUUAUUGGGUUAAUCUUGGUCUAUAUUAGUAGUUUACAACCUUGUUUUGAUAGUAUUAGGUCAGCAUUGGUCACAGCAGUUUGAAAAUGAACAAAUGUUCAUGUUUGCAAGCAAUCGACACUCGAUGAGAUCCCCCUGUGAUUCCACAUUACAGAUAUUCAUGUUUCAUUUAAUAGUUUCCUGUACAUAAAUAGCUGAAUGUGUUUUCCAUCCCACUUUUUUCAGUUUAGGUCACAUAGGGAUUAGUACCAACCUUUAUCCAGAACCUCUUUUUCAUCGUAAUGAGGCCAAAUGAAUAAGAAAAAUGGAGAAAAAAAAAUUAUGUAAAUUGCAUAGUAGCUCAGGUAAUUUUUUUCUGAUAAGACUUGUGCACUUGUUUAAUUUUCUCAUCCGUCCUCACAUGGCAAAAUAAAACAAAACAACAGAUUUUGUAUGAAACUGCAAAAUGUAAAAAGGCAAGAAAUUUUCUUUGUGCUAUGUAAUGCAAUUUGUGUAAAACCUUUUCAAAUAAAUAACAUAUUUUGUAUGAUACUGCAAAAUGUAAAAAGGCAACAAAUUUCUUUGCUAUGUAAUGCAAUUAUAAAUGUUCUCCCUAUAUUAAAUCCACCUAUAUUU